UUUAUUCUUUGUUCUUUCAGACAGUGUCCCGGCUAAUAAGACCAUAUUCUACAUCACCCUUAAAGACUAUUUCGAUACAGCUCUCGGCAUACCAUUUUCUAAAUACAUAGAGAUGACUGAUGACAAAGUGCCGGAAGUGAAGUGGACAUAUUUCCCGAUGCAACAAGUGGUGUCACAAGAUGUAUGGGAGAAUGAACGCAUCAUGGAAGAAGUCCGACGGAUUGCCGACAAUGCCAAUCUUGAAGGCGGAAAAUGCUUCUCCUACUCUGUCUUCCAUAUUUUUACCGAAGUUAUACGAUAUGUGGAGUCGGAGAUUAUAAGGAAUUUUGUAUUAGCGGGUAUUGCAAUUUUCAUUGUUACAUUACUGUUGAUAGUGGAUCUUGUCACAAGUUUCUUCGUCCUCGUGUGUGUCUGUCUUACUACGAUUGAUAUUAUGGGUUGCUUACAUCUCUGGGAUUUUUACCUGGAUGUGAAUCUGGUUGUUCUGCUUAUUAUUUCUAUUGGACUGGCUGUAGAUUUCUCCGCACAUAUAGGUUAUACAUUUAUGACGGUCACUGGCACAAGAAAAGAACGAGCGACCAGCACAUUGUGUCAGAUAGGACCAGCAAUUAUGCAUGGCGCUGUUACAACCUUUCUUGUAUUUUUUGUUCUCAUUUUUGGCCAGAGUCUCUCGGCAUUCUUUGCUGUGUUCAUUCUUGUUGUGAUAUUUGGAUUGUUCCAUGGUUUAUGUUUCCUGCCGGUUGUGUUGAGCAUCAUCGGCCCGUCACCGUACUAUAACGCUGGUCCGGACGGUACAUCCACAUCGAGAUUCACUCCUAGCUUAGAAAAUGAUAAAACUUCGCAAAGUACAAAUUGUACAACUGAAGGACAGAACGUGAUGACUGUAAAUGCAGAGGCAGAGCUACAGAAUAAAAAUUCCUCGAACGCGUUGUCUAACGGAACAGACAGUUCAGUGAAAUAUGGAACAAUAAAUGGAUAUCUGCCUGAGAAGGAAGAGACUGGAGAAGGACAUGAUGCUAUUGAUACUCAUUUUUAAAUUUUGUUGAACACCUUAAUUUGUAUAAUCAGAAAAUUAUUGUUAUUUACGUUCUAACUUGUGUUGAUGUUCAACCAUGUACAGUUGUUUUAUUUCUGAAUACGUUUAUUUCAAAGAAUGUUUAUGUUAUAAUAUUAUUUAUAUACAUUUGUUAAGUUUCAGUUCAAGCGAAUCAGUGGUAAAUGCUAUAGUCCCGAUGUUAGGGUUCAUGCCGUAACACCACGUAGAAUAGAAAAAAAAGUGUUCUCAUUACAGUUUAUUUGAUAAAAUGUAGAUUAGUAUAGAUUCUGUACUCCCAUGCCAAUAUUUUGAUGAUUAUUGUUAAUGUUGUAUAUCUCAAAUAUGUUACUUGAAGUGAAGACAAUGUUUCAAUUUAUUGACUGGUGAAAUGGAAUGUUUUUAUAUAGGCGUUAAUUUGGUCUGCAGUUU